AUGGAAUUUGUCAACCAGCAAUUUCUUUCAGACGUUCCUGGGUUUGAGAUAUUAAAGACGGCAUUCCUGAACUCCCUGGUCACUGACGUUACCAGAAUCAAGAUCUCACAAUCUCUCGGUCCGUGGACUAUCUGUGCAGAACAGAAGGAGGCUGUACUGAAGUCCGCACUCUUAAAACUUGUUGCGCGCACAUCAUCUCGUGUAUUUCUUGGCGACGUGGGCUGCCGCAACCCGGCCUGGCUCAAAAUUACCAAGGAAUUCACCGUGAACAGCUUCAUGGCUUGUGUUGAGCUCCGGAAAUACCCUCCUGGAUUUCGUCACAUUGUCCAUUGGUUUUUGCCAGAGUGCAAGACUGUACGCGCACGAGGACAAACGACACGAAAUAUUAAAGGCGUGCCAACUGGAAGAUCAACAACGACUUGCUAG